GUUAUAAACUAGUCAUACAUUUGGUAAAAAUGUUGUUAAAGUUUUGUCCAGUACUACUAGGAAGCUUGAUAGGAGUUUUGGCUUCACAGAAACCUUAUUUAUUAAAAGAAAAAAAUCACAUGAAUAGUCCUUUGACAUCACCAAAUGACCAAUCCUUCGCAGAGUCAGGUUUGGUAGGUUCAGCACAGCCUGCAGCGUUGAACCACGGAGCAGUAAGCAAAUAUUUUCAGGAUAUUUAUAUGGCCCAACACAAUCCCAAAGAAAUCGAGUUUGGUCAUGUGUUCGAAAAUUCAAACGAUUGGGAGCAACGGUUCGAGAAAAUUAAUUUGGAUAAUUUAAGCCGACAAGGAAAGGUAAGAUGGGGGGACAAACAUGGAGGAUAUGGUGAACACUACUGGGACUUAAAUCAUGCGGGUCAUGGAGGAGAAAGUGAUGCGGAGGAGACUGAACAAAGUGACAUUUAUGCUGAAUACCCUCAGGAGACGCAAACUAGCAAUGUUCUUCUCAAUCCAAAUAAUCAACGUACUUUCUCUCGUAGUAAAAGAAAUCCAGAUGAUGAUGUUGAGUUCAUUAAUGAAAAGGCCAAGUCAAUAAUAUUAAAUGAUAGAACACCUAAACAUGGCGGCAAUUACAGAAAUGCAAAAAAAAGUAGAUCAAAACGGAGUACAACCAAUAAAUACUAUUUUAAAAAUAAAUAUCAUUAGUUUUAAAUCACUCUAAGAGCUUGAACCAAAGUAUUUAAAAGAAUAACGGCUCACUUCAGUGUUGGUUAAGGCUUAAAUAUUUUAUUUCUUAUUUAGAUUUUUUUAUAAUUUUUUUAAAUAAAAACAUAAACUUUGA